CAAACCCUCUUUCUAACUCUCACACUAAACCCAAAGAAAAAACCAAAUUUAUUUCCUUCUCUCAAAUCUUCCCACCAAAAUUAACUCUUUUGUUUACACUUCAUCCCCUCUAGAAGGAAAUAUCCCAAUUAAUGGAACCUGGCGACUGCCGGAGGUUUAAAGAUUCGCCGGCGCAGACGACGGAAAGAAGAGUGAAAAAUAAUCCAAAGAAGAAAAGAGGCAAAGAUGAUGAUGAUGAAAAGGUUGUUUCAAAGCAUCCAACUUUCCGAGGUGUCAGAAUGAGACAAUGGGGAAAAUGGGUGUCCGAAAUCAGAGAGCCAAAGAAGAAAUCAAGAAUCUGGCUCGGUACUUUCUCCACGGCGGAGAUGGCGGCGCGUGCUCACGACGUGGCGGCUUUAGCCAUCAAAGGCGGUUCUGCACACCUCAACUUCCCGGAGCUCGCUUACCACCUCCCUAGACCAGCUAGUGCCGACCCUAAAGACAUCCAAGCUGCCGCCGCCGCAGCUGCAGCCGCAAUGGAUGUAGAGACGUCUUCGCCGUCGCCGUCUCCCACUGUUACGGAAACGUCAUCUCCGGCUAUGACAGCACUCUCCGACGACGCGUUCUCCGAUCUUCCCGAUCUCUUGCUCAACGUGAACCAUAACAUCGACGGCUUCUGGGACUCUUUUCCCUACGAAGAACCCUUCCUCUCUCAAAGUUACUAGAAACUCAAAACGGUGUCGUUUUUGUAUGUAUUUUUGUCAUGUGAAAAUUUUUUGACGUUGAAAAUCACCCGGAUAAUCCAAAUUGUAUGAUUUAUUAAUGGUUGAAGAUUUUCUUAAGUGGAACAAUGUAUGAUACGUAAUCAAAAUUUCGAAAAAAA